CCCCGGGCGUGGGGAGGGGUGCGGUUACCAGACCGCCCGCAGGAUGCCCGGGGACCUGGGCAUUGCAGGUGAGUAAUAAUUUUUGUCUACUUGUGCCCGACGCGUUAGUUGCAACAUCGGAGGCAUACUUAGACUAAAACAAGAAGUAUUCGUUGUUUAUCGAAAACGGAAAUUUAACGAAAAUUCCUGAUUUUUAUCCUCUGAGAGUGGCCACCCUAUGGGGGGGGCGGGGCCACUUAGAUCGGGUCACAGGGGAGGGCCUCUUUGAGCAGGUGACAAGUGAGCGGAAACCUGACGGGGAACCAGGGCUCAGAGGGAAGACCCGCAAAGCCCUUGACGCCUCUGAGCACGGGGAAGCCAGCCGGGGCGGCUCAGGCUCUGUGCGCCAAGGGGAGACAGGAGCAGCAGGGCAGCCCCACCUGCGAUUCCAGAGUCUCGGAGGCCGCGGGAAGGGUUUGGACAUUUUACUCUUAGGGCAGGGAAGCCAUCGGUUGCUUUAAAGCUGGGGGGUGACGCCGUCUGACUUGAGUUCUUAAAGGAUCACUGCCACUGUGUGAGAAAUGGGACGGGGAGGGCGCGCAGGCACGAGAGAGUGGGGAGGCCGGGUGGGAGCCCAUGACCGAUGCCCAGGCCCUCGGUGAUGAGCUUGGAUUGUGGGCAGUGUGUCCUCCAGGGAGCAGUCACAGAGACAGUCAGGAGCCCGCAGCGUGAACUGGGAUGACGUCCGGGGAAAGGUAAAAGGGGAAACGCGGGAUGGGCGGGAGAGCCUAAGGCAAUCCCACAGAUCUGGCCUGGGAAAGGAAAGCCAACCGGCCCGGGGCCCGGGAUGGAAUCCUCGCAGCCUCCGGGAUAACAGAGGACACCGGGGCAGGGACCCUGCACCGUCCCCCGCUAGCUGUCAGCUGAGUCGGGGGGUGGUGUCCUGGAGGUGUGAGGGAGCUGGAAAUAGUGCUUUGGAGAGCGUGACUGAGAACCUUCCAGAAAGUAGAGUGGGUUGCCAGGUGGUCUGUGAUGCUGAGGGCAGCGUGGUGCCAUGUGGCCUGGUUCUGUGACUGUCCACGGGGGCCAGACACAGGAUAGUGAGUAGUGGGGGGAGCGACUGAGGCAGAAAGUGUCUUUGAGACGUGAGGGUAGUGGGGGGCCCGGGAUCUGCACUGGGUGAGGAAGGAUGGAAUGAAACAGGGUCACUUAUAUGUCAAGGGAUCUCAGAAUGGAGCCAGGGGUCCAUUAAGGAGACUGGCCAUAUGCCUGUCCUCACCGGUGGACACGUGACCUCUUGAACUGGGCCAAAGUGCAAAUAUUCCAGGGACCAACCCUGACCCUUCAAGCCCCCCACAGUGAGAGACCAGCAGUGACAGCCUCAGUGCAGAUUAUGUCAUGCGGUUCCCUUUCUGCUGCCGACACGCAUCACAAGUUGUCUGUGAGCAAGACACCCAAGUGGCCUAUCUUAGCUGUGAAUGCUUCUGAGAUUUGCUCCCUAGUGGGGCUUUAUUUGGGUCGUGGCCCAAAUCUCGGUGCCCUGGAUAGUGAUUCUUCAAUCCCAGAUAAGUGAGCUUGUGUAGUGAUCACCUCCUGAUGAUUUUAGCUAGACACAGAGAAUGGGGAGUGGAGAGCAGGACAGGUCACAGGGUGUCAGUAGAGGAGAGCAAGUUGUCGGAGCUGGAAGGCGCAGCAUGCCUUCAGUCAGGGGACAGUAACCCAGCCUCGGUUCUAGAAUCAUGCCUGGAUCCACAUUCCCAUGAUCCCCGGUCCAGUGCUACUUCCUCGUGACUCUGCUGCUUGGCCCAGCCCCAUCCCAGGGUGUAGGAUCCGCUGCCCUGGGCCCAGGACUCACCUCGUGCGAGAGUCUGCGGGCUGCCCACUCCCAUGGCCCCUGCCCCGAGAGGAAGCUCCCAAGAGUAAACACAGCCUCAUCUUCCCGCCCACCGGGGUCUACCACAUUCCACACCGGCCAGAUGUCCAGUCACAAGGCUCUCUCCCCGGGCUACAGGCUGGUUUUCCCGAGGAUGAGGGAGCCUCACCCCUGGCACAGAGGCUUGGGGGCAAUUCUCACUUCUGCCCUCUUUCUCCUGGGCUGCUGGGGACUCUCCGAUUUCCAGCAGCAAUUUCUUCAGGCUUUGGAGCCAGAGGAAGUGACUUCUUAUUUCGGUCCUGAAGCUACUUUAAAAGUGCCUCCGUUCCAUGUGGCCCCUCUCAGCUGUGUCUGUGAAGACGGGCCCCGGGGGCCUCCCUGCAGGACCCCGCGCUGCUCCCUGCACGCCUGGGGCCGGCGCAUCACCGUCUCCUUCCCUCCGGAGCGGAGCCUCCUGUCCGCCUCCUUCACCAGCGAGCACGUGCUGAACGCCUCCCUCCGGCUACUGAGGCGGCCGGCCCACCUCUGCUUCACGGGAGGCCGGCCCCUGCUGCCUCCGGGCGCCCGGGCCAGAGUCACUUACUGCUCGGGCGGCUUGGAGGGCGACAUCCUGGUGGGUGCGGACAGGUUCUAUGUCCAGCCAGUGAGGAAGCAGCACCAGGAGCUGGUGCCUCCCUGGGUUCGUGCCCAGCCCCACCUGAUCCAUAGGCCUGUCCCCAAGGUCCCCACAGUCCCCGAGGCCCCAGAAGUCAUCCAAGAAUCUUUGCUGUCAGCCCUGCUUCCUCCCUCAACGGGCCGUCCUCCUUCCCCUCGCGUCCGGAGAUGGGCUGCAGGGAGUGUCCUGCACUUGGAGCUGCUGGUGGCCGUGGGCCCCGAUGUCUAUCAGGCUCACCAGGAGGACACCGAGCGCUACGUGCUCACUAACCUCAACAUGGGGUCAGAGCUGCUGAGGGACCCAUCUCUGGGGGCUCAGUUCCGAGUACAUCUAGUGAAGAUGGUCAUCCUGACCCAGCCCGAGGAUGCGCCAAGCAUCACGGGCAACAUCACAGCGUCACUGCUGAGUGUCUGUGAGUGGAGCAGGACCGUCAACCCUGAGGACGACGCCGAUCCCGGGCACGCCGACCUGGUUCUCUACAUCACCAGGUUUGACCUGGAGUUACCAGAUGGUAACCGGCAGGUUCGAGGGGUCACCCAGCUGGGGGGUGCUUGCUCGUCCUCCUGGAGCUGCCUCAUCACUGAGGAUACUGGCUUUGACCUGGGGGUCACCAUCGCCCAUGAGAUCGCGCACAGCUUGGGCGUGGAGCACGACGGUGUGCCCGGCAGUGGCUGCGGGCCCAGCGGCCACGUGAUGGCCUCCCAGGACGCCGUGCCUGCCCGUGGCGAUCUGUCCUGGUCCGCGUGCAGCCACCGGCAAGUGCUGCAGCUGCUCAGCACAGGACGGGCGCACUGCCUGUUGGAUCUGCCGGGGCCGCAGGCCGGGACCGCGGGGCGCCCCCCCCAGGCGCAGCCAGGCCUCCUCUAUGGCGCCGACGAGCAGUGCCGUGUGGCCUUUGGUGCUAAGGCAGUGGCCUGCACCUUCACCAGGGAGCACCUCGACAUGUGCCAGGCUCUGUCCUGCCACACGGACCCCCUGGACCAAAGCAGCUGUAGCCGCCUCCUCAUUCCUCUCCUGGAUGGGACAGAGUGCGGCCCACAGAAGUGGUGCUCCAAGGGUCACUGCCGCUCCCUGGCGGAGCUGAGCCCCGUGGGGGUGGUGCACGGGCACUGGUCUAGCUGGGGUCCCCCCAGCCCUUGCUCUCGCUCCUGCGGAGGAGGUGUGGUCACCCGGAGGAGGCACUGCAGCAACCCCAGGCCUGCCUUUGGAGGGCGUGCGUGUGUGGGUGCUGACCUCCAGGCUGAGAUGUGCAACACCCAGGCCUGUGAGAAGACCCAGCUGGAGUUCAUGGCCGAGCAGUGCUCCCAGACAGACAGGAAACCGCUGCACCUGUCCCCAGGCAACGCCUCCUUCUACCGCUGGGGCCCCGCCGAGCAGUACAGUCAAGGGGACGCUCUGUGCAGACACAUGUGCCGGGCCAUUGGCGAGACCUUCAUUGUGAGGCGUGGGGACAGUUUCCUGGAUGGGACCCGGUGUGUGCCAAGUGGUCAUCGGGAGGACGGGACCCUGAGCCUGUGCGUGUCGGGCAGCUGCAGGACAUUCGGCUGUGACGGCAGGAUGGACUCCCCGCAGGUGCGAGACGUGUGUCAGGUGUGCGGAGGGGACAACAGCACGUGCCAGCCGCGGAACGGCUCUUUCACGGGCGGAAGGGCCAGAGAGUAUGUCACGUUCCUGACCGUGACCCGCAACCUGACCAGCGUACACGUCACCAACCGGAGGCCUCUCUUCACACACCUGGCCGUGCGGAUCCGAGGGCGCUACGUCGUGGCUGGGAAUUCCAGCAUCUCUCCCAGCACCACCUACCCCUCCCUCCUGGAGGACAGCCGCGUGGGGUACCGAGUGGCCCUCACCGAGGACCGGCUGCCUCUCCUGGAGGAGAUCCACAUUCAGGGACCCAGUCAGGACGACGUGGAGAUCCAGGUUUACAGGCGCUACGGGGAGGAGUAUGGUGACCUUGCACGCCCAGACAUCACCUUCACCUACUUCCAGCCUAAGCGGCCACAGGCCUGGGCAUGGGCCGCCAUGCGGGGGUCCUGCUCCGUGAGCUGUGGGGCAGGGCUGCGCUGGGUGACCUACGGCUGUCUGGACCAGGCCAGGAACGAGUGGGUGGAGGCCGCCUGGUGCGAAGGGAGCCAGCAACCUGCAGCCUGGCCAGAGUCCUGCGCCCCUGGGCCCUGCCCCCCACACUGGGCAGCCGGAGACUUCGGUGCGUGCAGCGUGUCCUGCGGGGGAGGCCUUCGGGAGAGGGCUGUGCAUUGCGUGGAGGCCCAGGGGACCCUCCUGAGGCCACUGCCCCCUGCCCGGUGCAGGGCGCUGGCCCCAGAGCCAGCAGUGGUGGAAGCCUGCAACUCCCAGGCCUGCCCGGGGAGGCAGGAGGGCUCAGACGCGCGCUCGCCAGCCUGUGGAGCAGACUCGGCUUUGUGGAAUAGGACGUGUGUGUGCAGGGCAGAGGGCCUGGCCACCGUGGGUCCCUGCCCCACAGACGAGAAGCUGCGUGCCCAGGAGCCCUGUGUGGCCACAACAUGUUCUCCAGAACCAAGCGAUCCAGACCCCCGGUCUCUGGAGGAGGAGGCCACAUCCCCACCGGGCGGCGCUGGGGUGGGGGCUCACGCCGCACACAUGUGGACUCCCCUGGUGGGGCCAUGCUCUGCCUCCUGCGGUCGAGGCCUGAGGGAGCUGCGUUUCGUGUGCAUGGACUCUGUCCUGGGGACCCCUGUUCAGGAAGAGCUCUGUGACCUGGGAAGCAAGCCUGGGAGUCGGCGGGAAGCCUGUCGGGCUGCCCCUUGCCCGGCUUGGUGGAGGUAUAAGCUGGCGGCGUGCGGCGUGAGCUGUGGAGGAGGGUUUGCGCAGAGGCUGCUGUACUGUGCGCGGGCCCACGGGGAGGAUGAGGACGAGGAGGUCCUGCCGGAUACCCAGUGCCAGGGGCUGCCUCGCCCGGAGCAGCGGGAGGCCUGCAGCCCAGAGCCCUGCCCGGCCAGGUGGAAAAUCAUGUCCCUUGGCCCGUGCUCAGCCAGCUGUGGCCUCGGCACUGCCACACGCUCUGUGGCCUGUGUGCAGCUCAGCCACGGCCAGGAUGUGGAGGUGGAGGGGGCAGCCUGCGCGGCUCAGGUGCGGCCUCAGGCCAGCAUCCCUUGUGUCAUCACCAACUGUACCUACCGAUGGCAUGUCAGCUCCUGGACACAGUGCUCUGUCUCCUGCGGAGAUGGCACUCAGCACCGGCGUCACGCCUGCAUUGGACCCCAGACCCAGGCGCCCAUGCCGGCCGCCUUCUGCCAGCACUUGCCCAAGCCGGCCACUGUGCAGAGCUGCUGGGCCGGACCCUGCACCGGGCAGGGGACUCCCAGUCCGGCACCCCACCAGGAAGCCACGGCUGCAGACCUGGCCGUUGCUGGUGCUUCUCUGGAGUGGCCCCAGCCCCGGGCCCACCUCCUCUCCCCAGCUUCCUGGCUUCAGGGGCUCCUGCCUGGGCUCCAGGAAAGCCCAGCUGAGCCCAGCGCCUGCGGCCAGCAGCACCUUGAGCCCACAGGAACCAUUGACAUGCGAGGCCCAGGGCAGACUGACUGUGCCGUGGCCAUUGGGCGGCCGCUGGGUGAGGUGGUGACCCUUCAGGUCCUGGAGAGCUCCCUCAGCUGCAGGGCUGGGGACAUGCUGCUGCUUUGGGACAGGUUCACAUGGAGGAAGAUGUGCGGGAAGCUGUCUGGCUCGACCUUCAGCUCCAAAACGAACACGCUGGUGGUGAGGCAGCGCCGCACACAGCCUGAAGGUGGGGUUGUGCUGCGGUACGGGAGCCGGCCUGCCUCCGGAACCCCCCACAGAGACUGUGACGUGCAGCGCUUUGGACCCUCGGGUGAAAUCGUGAGCCCCUCGAAGAGUCCUGAUGGGAGUAACUCGGGGGGCUGCCGCAUCUUCAUUAACGUGGCCCCGCAGGCCCGGAUUGCCAUCCAUGCCCUGACCACUGACGUGGGCUCGGGAACUGGAGCCAGCUACAUCUCCAUCCGGGACACCCACAGCCUGAAGACGAUGACAUUCCGUGGGCAGCGGGCACUCUACUGGGAGUCAGAGGGAAGCCAGGCUGAGAUGGAGUUUAGCCAGGGCUUCCUGGAGGCGCAUGCCAGCCUGCGGGGCUGGUACUGGACCCUCCAAUCUAGGGUGCAGGAGCCUGGCCGGGCCGCGCUCUAGCUUCCUCUCCAAGGACAUUUCUCCAGGGACCUGUGGGCGCAGUGGGAUGCCUCCUCCAUGUCCUGGAAGAGACAGGAAGGAGGCUGACAUUUAUGAGCACCUGUUCGGUGCCCGGCGAACCGGAGGGUUGACUCUGGUCUCUGAGUGCUUUCCAGUUUGGAUCCCUCCGAUCUUAAGUAUCUCCUUCAGGGCCUUGGGAAGCAGGGACUGGACUCCCUGAAAAGGCCUCUCUGUACCAAUAAACGGAAUGUGCAGUCCGA